AUGUCUCAACGAGGUACAAGUGGUAGAGCAAGAGCGAGACCAAAUUUAUCUUUGUCUGGUGUUUUAUCGGGUUCAGGACAUCAAGAAAAUGAAAGAAAAAAAAAAGAUAAAAAUGACAGUGAUAAUAAGGAAAAAAAACAAAGGGAAAGACGUAGUAGAAGCGAAAGAGGUCGUGGUGGAAAUGAAAGAGGCCGAGGAAGAAAUCGAGGCGCUCGUGGAGGUUCUAAAAUUGUUCAAACUGAGGGUAUUUUUUCAUCUGGAUUAGGUGAUGAUGGACCACAAAAAAGUCGUAUUAAAAAAGAAGCUAAUUUAACGGGUACUGAAGAAAUUCUUGAAACAACAGCUGUCAAUGUUGAAAUGGGUACUGGUUUAGGUACCGUUGAUUCUGAGGGUAGAAAAUUACCUACAACAUAUGAAGAAGAAUGGCAAUCUGACGAAGAUGCUGAUAAUGUUGCAUUAGAAGAGUUAGAAUAUUCAACAGUUUUUAUUGAUGAUAUUGAAAGAAUGCAAAAUCCUCCAAUAGUUUUACCACCACAUGAAUCAAUUGCUUUAAAAGAUUUAUUAGAUAUAGAUGAAGAAGAAGAAGAAAAAAGAGCAGAAAGAAAUAAAAUUCCAGAUGUAAAAGUGCCGUUAUAUAUAUUAAGUGAUAAUGAAAUACUUAGUUCAGUCAAAGCAUCCGGUUAUUUUAGAAAAUUACUAGAUGAUAAUGAUGAUAGUUUUUUUUCUUUUCAACUACCAGCCACUUUACGUGUUAUUGGUGAUUAUGCCAAUAUUAAUUUCAAUAAAAAAUUAGAUGAAAAUGCACAUUGUUUAGAAUUACUUGAUAGUAAUAUAGAAAUAGGAAAGUUAAAAUUUUUAAAAAAUGGUCGUGUAUACAUGGAUAUAGGUGGUAAUCGGCUAGACGUUGGCGCUGCAAUACCCUCAGGAUAUACAGAAGAUUUAAUCAUGAUUGAAAAUCCAAAUAAGCAAACACAUAUCGUUACAGAAGAUGGCAUAAAAAUGGAAAUAGAUGCUUCUCCAGAAGUAAAUAAAAGGAACAAAGCUUGUAACGAAGAAGAUAUAUUACAUGUCAUUUCACCUGUCAAGACGCAUUUAAUUGCUUAUCAUGAUCUAGUUAGUCUUUGUGAAAAAAAUGAUUCAAAAAGUAGAAGCAUAACUCCAAUGGUUACAGAAGACAGUCCCCCAGUAAAAAUUGGAAAUGAAUUCCGUUCUAAACUAAUAGACAAAUUGUCUAGAAUUACCAACGAUCAAUUAAGAUUUUCAGAAGAAAACAAUGUUUAG